GGUGUGGCAGGCGUGCUUGUGGGACACCCGUUUGACACAGUCAAGGGGCUGUCUCCAUCCAUAGCAAAAGUGUAACUUUGUUGUAGAUGGGCGUAAGCCUCACCCUGGAGAGCGCUAGUGCGGCUUCAGGUCCAGAGCGUGGAGAAGCCUCAGUACCGUGGGACAUUGCACUGCUUCAAGUCCAUCAUCAAGCAAGAGAGUGUGCUGGGUCUGUACAAGGGCCUGGGCUCGCCGCUCAUGGGGCUCACCUUCAUCAACGCGCUGGUGUUCGGGGUACAGGGCAACACCCUCCGGGCCCUGGGCCACGACUCGCCUCUCAACCAGUUCCUGGCAGGCGCGGCGGCGGGCGCCAUCCAGUGUGUCAUCUGCUGCCCCAUGGAGCUGGCCAAGACGCGGCUGCAGCUGCAGGACGCGGGCCCGGCACGCACCUACAAGGGCUCGCUGGACUGCCUCGUGCAGAUCUACGGGCACGAGGGUCUGCGUGGCGUCAACCGGGGCAUGGUGUCCACGCUGCUGCGAGAGACGCCCAGCUUCGGCGUCUACUUCCUAACCUACGACGCGCUCACGCGGGCGCUGGGCUGCGAGCCGGGCGACCGCCUGCUGGUGCCCAAGCUGCUGCUGGCAGGUGGCACGUCGGGUAUCAUGUCCUGGCUCUCCACCUACCCUGUGGACGUGGUCAAGUCACGGCUGCAGGCCGACGGGCUGCGGGGAGCCCCGCGCUACCGCGGCAUCCUGGACUGCGUGCGCCAGAGCUACCGCGCCGAGGGCUGGCGCGUCUUCACACGGGGACUGGCGUCCACGCUGCUGCGCGCCUUCCCCGUCAACGCCGCCACCUUCGCCACAGUCACCGUGGUGCUCACCUACGCGCGCGGCGAAGAGGCCGGGCCCGAGGGCGAGGCUGUGCCCGCGGCCUCCGCCGCCCCUGCGGGGCCCGCUCUGGCGCAGCCCUCCAGCCUGUGACACUCACCCCGCCCUCCUUCCCCAGGGCCCCUUCUCAGAAACCUGAGACAUAAAUUGGCCCCUGAGUCGAUUGCCGUCCUCCUGCUUGGAUGCCGGGGGCUGUGGACUCUCUCAGACCUGGGCUGAAUUUUGCUCAUCAGCCGGGUGGCUUUGGCCAAGAACUUCACUUGCCUCAGUAUUCUCAUCUGUGAAAUAAGGACCCUCAUACCCACAUUGUAGAGUCACGAAGGUCAGAGAUUAUUCUGAGUGGCAGCCAGCACCUGGCCUGGCUGAGGCCAUUGCACCAUUCAUUAUCCUGGAAAUUGAGGCAGACACUCCAGCCCCUUUCUGGGAUCCUGGCCAUGCCACUGUGCUCCUGCCCUGCAGGCUGGCUCCCAGGGGUCUCUGAUGGCCCACCAAGGGGCUGCCCAGGGACCUGACUCCACAUAUCCUCCACCCGGGAGGCUGGUGGGCCACCUCUGGUCUGUGUUAGGGACAGAGGAAAACUUGGUGUGCCUCCUGGUGUCCCAGAACUGGAUCCUCUGCAUACCCCAGCUUCUCCACAUGCCACUGCUAGGGGUACCCCAGCUGCUGCCACUCCUGCUGGAGGGUGAACUGGGGACCCUCCACCCUCCGGGAAGCCAUGGAGUCUGCUGGAGGCACCAUAUCAGCCAACGGGACUAGCGUGGGGAGCAGACAGACCAGUGGGUGGAGGUCUCGACAGUUCAAGUGUGAUGCAGCUGUGGCAAGGAGAAAUCCUUCCACCUCUGGGCCUCAGGCUGCCUGUCCAUAAAAUGGGGACAUGGCCAGCUGAUGGACAACUGAGUCUCUGGCCCACCCAUCCCCGCCAGCCAGGAUCCCCCAAGGUGUGCAGAGGGCUCAGCAGAGAACAAUAUGGGAUCCCCCUCACCAGGGCUGGAACACCUCCAGCCACAAAGAAGCCAAAGGUCAGUUCCUCUUGCUCCCCAGCAAACGGUGCCUCCUAGGCAUUCUCAGAGCCAGGGCUUCAUCCCUGUGAAGGCACAGGGUCCGCUAGUGGGCACAGGGGUGGCUAGUUGGGGCCUGGGGCAGGAGAAGGCCGUCCCAGGCAUCCUGGGGAAUGUGCUUGAUGAAGAUGACACUGGGCUUUGUACAGCCUGGUGUCGCUGCACAGAAACUGUCAAGGGAAUAAAGUUUUCUUUGUUUUUUAA